GGGGGUGUUUGGGUUUGGGAUUCUGAUUCAGACUUACAAAAAUAAAUAAAUAAAUAAAUAAAUAAAUAAAUAGACUAAAAAUUGAAAGGUCACUGCAUUUUAUUUCAUCCAGUAAAUGAAGCUGAAAGACAUUCAGUGCUACUGUAUAAAUAUAUUGCCUGAAACAUAUAUCUACCUGCAAACAGUGUGACUAAUUUGCGUCUGGAAGAGUUUUAUACCAACUCUCCAAUCAAGGACCAGAUGCUUUUGUCUGAGUAGCCUCUACCUCCCUAUGAACUCCACAAAUGUAUUAAGAAAUGGCAUUACUCACUGGAAAUGCAGAUCCUGCAUUCAGCUCCUACUCCUUCAAUAACUUGGAAAACUUGUGUGAAGUGCAAACCAAGAAAGGACUUUUCUACAAAAACGCCAAACUUCUGCACCCUGGGGAAGACUUGUGCUGCUUAGCCCGCCUGGAUGACCGGACCAGGUUUGUGAUCAUCAAUGUAGGUGGCAUUAAAUACAAAAUCCCGUGGACCACCUUGGAGAACUGCCCCUUGACCAGGCUUGGGAAGCUAAAGUCUUGCAACAAUUAUGAUGAGAUCAUGAACAUCUGUGAUGACUAUGAUGUUAGCUGCAAUGAAUUUUUUUUUGACCGUAAUCCUUGUGCCUUCAGGACAAUCAUGACUUUCCUGACAGCUGGGAAGCUGAGGCUGCUCAGAGAGAUGUGUGCUCUUUCUUUUCAGGAGGAGCUUGUGUACUGGGGAAUAGAAGAGGACCACCUGGAAUGGUGCUGUAAAAAGAGAUUGCGACAGAAAGAGGAGGAGGCAGCUGAGGCCAGGCUGUAUGAAGGGGAGAUGGUAUUUAGUGAAACUACGCAAUGUGCCUUCCAGGACAAUAGCCGAUUGAGUUUGUGCAUGAGAAAGCUCAGGGAUAUGGUGGAGAACCCCCACUCAGGGAUCCCAGGAAAGAUCUUUGCUUGUAUUUCAAUCUCUUUUGUUGCCAUCACUGCAGUCAGCCUCUGUAUCAGCACCAUGCCAGAUGUCAGAGAAGAAGAAGAUCGGGGUGAAUGUUCACAGAAGUGCUACAACAUCUUUGUGCUGGAGACAGUGUGUGUGGCUUGGUUUUCGUUUGAGUUCCUCCUGCGAUCCAUCCAGGCAGAGAACAAGUGUGCUUUCCUGAAAACCCCGCUCAACAUCAUCGACAUCCUGGCUAUCCUGCCUUUCUAUAUUUCUCUCAUUGUGGAUAUGGUCUCUACAAAAAACAGCAGCAAGCCUGGCGGAGGUGCAGGGAACAAGUACCUGGAACGAGUGGGCCUGGUGCUGCGCUUCCUGCGGGCUCUGCGCAUCCUCUACGUGAUGCGAUUAGCACGGCACUCACUGGGGCUGCAGACCCUAGGGCUCACCGUGCGCCGGUGCACGAGGGAGUUCGGGCUCCUCCUGCUCUUCCUUUGUGUUGCCAUGGCCCUCUUCUCACCACUGGUAUAUCUGGCUGAGAGCGAACUGGGAGCCAAGCAAGAAUUCACAAGUGUGCCCACCAGCUACUGGUGGGCUGUCAUCUCCAUGACCACUGUUGGCUACGGGGACAUGGUGCCUCGUAGCAUCCCUGGACAAGUGGUAGCCCUGAGCAGUAUCUUGAGUGGUAUUUUACUGAUGGCCUUCCCUGUCACCUCCAUCUUUCAUACCUUUUCCCGUUCCUACAGUGAGCUGAAGGAGCAGCAGCAACGAGCAGCAAGCAGGCAAAUGCGCCAGCUAGAAGAGAGCACCAAGCUCACAGGUGGUGACAGUUCACGGGGGCUUGGUGUUGCAUCCCCACCAGAUGCUGCUGGGGAGGUGGGUCAGCCAGCGGUGGACCAGGAAGCCAGAAGAAGUUAAUUCUCAACAGUGAAAGUGAGUUGGCAGCACAAGAAGCAGUAGACAUGGGGGGGGGGGGUUCAAUUCUGCGAUCAGAACCUCCUGAAUUGCAUAAAUUAGGGGCAGACACACACAAGAUUUUCCCCAAAGUCCACCUUUUGAUCUUAAGGGCCUACUGAAAAGUGUCCCUAGAAACUCUACCAAGUUCAGCUCUGCUCCAUCACUAUUUGUAGGGCAUUUCUUUUCAGUUGAGCAACUGUUUUUGGCAACCUCUAGAAGCAGCUGUUGAAUGCAGCCAGCCAGGAAGAUGUAAUGAAGCACCAAGAGUCCACACCGGGGUGCCGUUUGGUGGGGCAGUGAACGUGCCACUUCCUCCCUGCUCUGUGACUCCGUGCAAGACACACUGAGUGAGGGGUUUCCUCUGGUGUGCUCCGUGCAUGGAGAGUUCACUUUGGCAGCUCCAUGGAGGAACACAAAUCUCAGACAAGCAAAGGGAUGAAGGGAAGAGAAGGGCAGAAAUAACGCUUCGGCUUUCACAGGGGCUUGGUUUUGUCUGUCUUACAAAUCAGGCACCGCCAGCUGCCAGCUCCAAUGUGUGCUCUAGCUCAGUAUGCGUUAUUUAGUAAAUAUGCAUAUUUACCACAGUAAGCUUUGUAUCUUAGCCCCAUGACAGAAAUAUACAUAGAAAAUCUUCCUGACUAUUGUACUCAAUGUUGAAUUGUUGGUUUUCUUUCUUUUCUUACAGUUGAAUAUAGCAAAUACUUUUACAAUUCACAACAUUUCUCCACUUUCUUUUAAUGCUUUACAUCUCCCAUGUAUCAAAACCAUAUUUAACAGAUGGAUAAACUUCAAAUACAUGCUGCCCAAGAAGGGGAAGGUGAUGUUAUAUCAGCAGUGACUCCCAGUUCUGCAUACUCUUCUUCAGUGACUGCAGUCAGGACCAGUCCAAAUUGACUAAUGUCAGUGAGACUCACUCCUCCAGUGGCCUAAGCUGCAGCACAGCAGCUGUGAUCUACGUUAGGAGUAGGCUUUUUUUCCCCCCUACUAAGAAAAAGACAAUGCUGUCAUCUAAAAAUCAAUGUUAUUGUUCUGCCUGUUCCUCCUGAUUCUCAAAAAAACGUCAUUUGAAAGGGAAAAUGAGUAUCGUGUCAUCUGCAUGUUGUUUUCUGCUGCUAGUCUCAUGAGCUUUCCAGUCCCCUAACGUGGUUUUCCUACUUGAGGAGCCGUUUAGCUGGUCUGUCAGUGCACUGUGUGCAUUUUUAGGUAUUCCUACAAGUGGGAUAGCGGGAUACUUUAGGAGAUAGCAGGAAAUGGGGCACAAAUGCCUCUUGUACCUACAGUUCAAUUGGUAUUAGCAGAGCUGUAGGACCAACCGUGGUGUCGUCCUUCAUACUCACCUCCUACCAGGAAGGGAACAAAAUAUUAAAGGUGUGGGUUUUUUGGUU